CCUGAGCCGGGAGCCCCGCGCCUCAACCCCCAGCCCACGGGCGGGGCACGCGGGAAGGCCGAGGAUUCCGUGGCCGCGGGCGGGCACGCCCCGCCCUCUCCCGCGCCGGGCCCGCCCCCUCCCCGUCCCCCGCCCAUCCCGAGGUGCAGCCGGCGCUGAGCGCGGCAGGCGCGGGAGCUGGCGCUGGAGCCGGAGCGGCGGCGGCGGCGGCGGCGGCGGCAUUCACGGGGCGGCGGCGGCGGCGGCGCGGGCUCCGGCACGGGCUCGGGCUCCGGCAUGGUGCAAUCCGGCCUCGUCCCGGGAGAGCGGGGCCCGCGUGCGGGGCCGGCGCCGGGGGAGCGGCGGCAGCGACGGUGGCGGUGGUGGCUGCAGGCGCAAGCAGGCGGCAGGUGCUAGAAGCGGGGCUGAGCGAGGUGUGUGCCCGCUGGGCUCCGGGGCCGCCGCUCCCUCGCUGCCCCCAUCUUUCCCUCUCUUCGGGAUUCCCAGCGUGUCCAGCCCCCUGUCUCCGCGCCCCGGCCCAUGGCGCCCCGCGGUUGAGCCGGCGCCGCCAGGGACCCCUCCCGCGGGCCUCCCCGGGGCGCGCAGAUCCCGGAGCCGCCCGCCCACCCUCCGCGGAGUCUCCCUCCCUUCCUCGCCCGAGCCGGGCGGGACCAUGGCUGCUAAGCUGCGAGCGCAUCAGGUGGACGUGGACCCGGACUUCGCGCCGCAGAGCCGGCCGCGCUCGUGUACCUGGCCCCUGCCGCAGCCCGACUUGGCCGGCGACGAGGACGGAGCGCUGGGUUCAGGGGUGUCUGAGGGCGCCGAGGACUGCGGGCCGGAGCGCCGGGCUACGGCCCCGGCGAUGGCCCCAGCGCCGCCGCUGGGCGCGGAGGUCGGACCGCUGCGGAAAGCGAAGAGCUCCCGGCGGAACGCGUGGGGGAACCUGUCCUACGCCGACCUCAUCACCAAAGCCAUCGAGAGCGCCCCGGACAAGCGACUCACGCUCUCCCAGAUCUACGACUGGAUGGUCCGUUACGUGCCCUACUUCAAGGAUAAAGGCGACAGCAACAGCUCGGCGGGCUGGAAGAACUCCAUCCGGCACAACCUGUCGCUGCACACCCGUUUCAUCCGCGUGCAGAACGAGGGCACGGGCAAGAGCUCCUGGUGGAUGCUGAACCCCGAGGGCGGAAAGACAGGCAAGACCCCGCGGCGGAGAGCCGUGUCCAUGGACAACGGGGCCAAGUUCCUGCGCAUUAAGGGCAAGGCGAGCAAGAAGAAGCAGCUGCAGGCACCUGAGCGAAGCCCCGAUGACAGUCCCCCAGGCGCGCCAGCCCCAGGGCCCGUGCCUGCCGCUGCCAAGUGGGCCACCAGCCCGGCCUCGCACGCCAGCGAUGACUACGAGGCGUGGGCCGACUUCCGCGGCGGCGGGAGACCUCUGCUCGGGGAAGCGGCCGAAUUGGAGGACGACGAGGCCCUGGAGGCCCUGGCGCCGUCGUCCCCGCUCAUGUACCCGAGCCCGGCGAGCGCGCUGUCGCCCGCGCUAGGUGCGCGCUGCCCCGGGGAGCUGCCCCGCCUGGCCGAGCUGGGGGGCCCGCUGGGCCUGCACGCGGGCGGCGCGGGGCUGCCCGAGGCCCUGCUGGACGGCGCGCAGGACGCGUACGGGCCGCGGGCCCGGGCGGGGACGCCCGCCUACUUUGGCGGCUGCAAGAGCGGCGCCUACGGCGGGGGCGGGGGCUUCGGGCCUCCGGCGCUGGGCGCGCUGCGCCGCCUGCCCAUGCAGACCAUCCAGGAGAACAAGCAGGCCAGCUUCGCGCCGGCCGCCGCGCCCUUCCGCCCGGGGGCGCUGCCCGCGCUGCUGCCGCCGCCGCCCGCGCCCAGGCCCGGCCCGGUGCUGGGCGCGCCCGGGGAGCUGGCGCUGGCGGGAGCGGCCGCCGCCUACCCUGGCAAGGGCGCGGCCCCGUACGCGCCGCCGGUGCCCUCGCGCAGUGCCUUAGCCCACCCCAUCAGCCUUAUGACGCUGCCCGGCGAGGCGGGCGCCGCGGGCCUGGCGCCGCCGAGCCACGCGGCCGCCUUCGGGGCCCCGCCCGGUGGCCUCCUGCUGGACGCGCUGCCAGGGCCGUAUGCGGCCGCUGCCGCCGGGCCGCUGGGGGCCGCGCCCGACCGCUUCCCGGCCGACCUGGACCUCGACAUGUUCAGCGGGAGCCUCGAGUGCGACGUCGAGUCCAUCAUCCUCAACGACUUCAUGGACAGCGACGAAAUGGACUUCAACUUCGACUCGGCCCUGCCUCCGCCGCCGCCCGGCCUGGCCGGGGCCCCGCCCCCCAACCAGAGCUGGGUGCCGGGCUGAGGGCCGCCUUCCCUCGCCCCCGGGCGCCCCGCCCCGCCCCCAAGGGGCUUCUGUCUUCCCGUCCUGAUCCCCUGGGCCCCAUCCCCAUUCCAGCUUCACGGGGUGGGGUGGGGUGGGGGGAUCCGGGAGGCAGCCCCAGGUCUGCUAGAGAAGUCCCUCAGAAGUUUACCCCUGAGGGAAGUGGUAAGGAGGGGCUGGGGCACCUGCCAUUCGUGCCCAAACUCCUGAGACCUGCUCCACCUCCCUCCUGGGGCAGGAAGCCUGGGCGGAGCGGAAUUUCGGGCUGGGUGGGAGUGGGGACCAGCCAGGCGGGCUGCUCUGGUCGGCGAUGCCAACCGGGAGAUGUGGCACGGGGCCAGAGGCGGUCUGAAUCUUCGUUUCAUUUGUGAGGGCCGCGACGGAUAGCCCACCCCAAACUCCAAUCUGAUUCCCAACUCACACCUUCCCACUGGUCUUAGCCCCACCCACCCAAGCCAGGAACCCCCUCCCGAAAACACCCACACCUACCUAUUGGCUGUUCACCCUGAGCUGUUUCCCUUUAGCCCUAAGCCACCCUUAGAGCCCCCAUACCCAUGAUUCAGCCCCUCCCUCCUAUCCCUGCAGGCCCUAACUUCUCCUCUCCUCUCCUCUCAGGUUGGAGUCAACCCCCCCCCCCCACUUCCCCCUGCCCCCAGUACUGGUCUCAGCCUCUCCAGCAGGUCUCAGCUCCGGAUCCACCCCCCAAACCAACACCCCUUUCUCCGUUCCAGUCCUGCCUCCUCUCCCGUAUUUAUAAGUGUCCGGUCGGGGCGGGCUGUGGGCGCGGCGUCCCCGGCGCAUAUCGUAGGCAGUGUACCGUGGCCGUGCCGUCAGCGUGUGCGUGUGCGUGUGUGCCGUGUCGAGGCCGUGUAGAGUGCAUUGUACAGCAUAUUUUCAUGAAUAAAAUUGUUUUAAAUAUU